GCCCGCGUCGUGCACGAUGGCGGAGACAGUGUCCUCGGUAAGCUGUGCGGAUCCCUUUGUUGCAGUCUUCUCGGCCUUGCAAUGUAUUUCGGAGCCCUGAUCUCCCUCGUCCACAACGAGACGAGCACCGUCUGCGUGCAGCGAGCACUGCAGGCCGCGCGUGGAAAUCGACAGGUUGAUUGCGACGGCGAUGUCGCUG